GAUGGCAGGCAUCACCAUUCACCAUGACAUCAUGAGACCGAUCGACCAACCCUGUGUAACAUGAAACAUGUUUGUUAACAUUGUGAGAGCCUGCAGGCCGGAGGAGGAAACAUCCAUCUUUCCAUGAAUACAAAUUGCAAGAAGCCAUCCUGGGAACAAUAUAUAGAUUUAUAUUAUAUAUAUAAAUAAAUGCGCAUGCGCCGAGGAGAAUCUCCCGCGCUGUGUCGAUCAAUUAACCUCGUACCAUCCUUCCGACAAUUCAUAAAAUUCAUAUUCAUAUGAAGACCCGAAACGUCAGAACCGGCAAACUUUCCCCUAGAUGGAUCCUCCUUUUAUCCAUCCUCAGCUUCGCCUCCGGCAUGCUUUUUUCCACCAGAGUGUGGAUUCCUCCUAAAUUGAAUGACGGCCGGAUCAUGUUUGGGCGGCGGGCUAGACAAGACAAGGUCGACGAUUGCGACAACAAAUUGAAUCCUCAGGACAAGGAGAGUGCAACUGGUGAACACAAGAAAGCAUUUGAAUCCAUUGAAAACUCAGACAAUUCAGUAGCUAAAAUUCAAAUGGAGCUGCCCUUGUCUAAGAAUACGAGUAUUUCUGACAAUGUGGAAACAUCUAAACGCUUGGCUGCUAAUGUGAGUUCAAAUAAUUCUGAGGAAACCGAGAAGAGGAAGAAGAAGGCUUUUAUGGUUAUUGGGAUAAACACGGCCUUCAGUAGCAGAAAGAGGCGCGAUUCUCUUAGACAGACAUGGGUGCCUCAAGGUGAGAAGCUGCUUAAACUCGAAGAAGAAAAGGGAAUUGUUGUUCGUUUUAUGAUAGGCCACAGUGCAACAUCAAAUAGCGUUUUAGAUCAAGCAAUUAAUCUGGAAGAGACUCAGCAUAAGGACGUUCUUAGGCUUGCGCACAUAGAAGGGUACCAUGAGUUGUCUGCAAAGACAAAAUCUUUCAUUUCCACUGCCUUUGCAACAUGGGAUGCUGAGUUCUAUGUCAAGGUUGAUGAUGAUGUUCAUGUCAACUUGGGUACACUUGCUGCAACCCUUUCGCGGCACCGUCUGAAACCCAGGAUAUAUACUGGAUGUAUGAAAUCUGGACCAGUUCUUUACAGAAAGAAUGUGAAGUACCAUGAACCUGAGUACUGGAAAUUUGGAGAUACUGGAAAUAAGUACUUCCGACAUGCAACUGGACAGAUAUAUGCUAUCUCUAACGAUCUGGCCAAGUUCAUUUCUGACAAUGAGCUUCUUCUGCAUAAGUUUGCAAAUGAAGAUGUUUCACUUGGUGCAUGGCUAAUCGGGCUUGAUAUUGAGCACAUUGAUGAUCGAAACAUGUGCUGUGGAACUCCGCCAGAAUGUGAAUGGAAACUCCAAUCUGGGAAUACAUGCGUUGCAUCUUUUGAUUGGAGCUGCAGUGGAAUCUGCAAAUCAGUUGAUAAUAUAAAGCGAGUCCAUGACAAGUGUGCUGAAAGCUCAGAAAUUCUCGCAAAUUUUUUAUUCUGAUCUGAGAAUAUAAUGCUUGCUAGCUUCCAUCUUACAAAGGUGAUUCAGGAGGAAAUCAUGAUAUGAACUGUUUUUGCAUCUCCGAUCCACACAAAAGAUAAGUAGUUGCAAUGUUUAUAUGUAAGAAACAUGCAUGCCCCAGACUGUGAAAUUAUCCCCAAUACUUCCUUAAUUAGUUAUAUGGCGAAACAGAUUUUCAAAUCCAAAUUUACAGCCAAAACAUACAGUACGUUUAAACUUGAGCAGGCCGGUAUAUAAAUGCAAGUUUAAUUUGCAAUAUAUAAUCAUUUCGUGUAUAGGACAAGACGUCAUUUUGUGUCUGUACACCUACUCUACUUUGAGCUCAAUAAACUCAUGUUCUUCUUGUUGUA